AUACUGAGCGUUUACCAGUGUGUGUGGGCGUCUCCGGCUCUAAUGACUGAGCGGAGUGUAGGGGAGCUGCUGCCGUGCGUAUCCAGCGUUUGCUAUUUUCGCCUCUCACCUCCCUCGGGAAGACCGUAUAGAUUGAAGACGCCUGCAAGUGUGUUUGACGUCGUUGUGACGUGUUAAGGACACAUUUCCAAUGAGGCUGCUGAAGGAGCGAGCGUUUUUGUAGCUCACAAGCCUCACAGAGAGACAGAGAAACCUGCUGCGCUUAUCUGUUCGCAUAGCAACCAGGCUUCAGCACCCACAUUUGAAAAUUCAAAUUGGACUUUUUUUUGGGUGUUUGUUUCUUGGCUUCAGACACUGUGAGAUCCAUCGCAAAAUGGAAGGACGACUUUGGCACCCUGUGUGCAUUGCUUCAGUCGCUGUCUUGUCCUUGUUGUGUCGGGGGCUGGAGGCUGGGCUGGAUAAACAUUAUGUCAAUGAAUGGGCAGCAGAGAUCCCCGGGGGGCCCGAGGAAGCCCAGUUACUUGCACUGGAGUUGGGUUAUGAUUACCUGGGACAGAUUGGAUCAUUAGAAAAUCACUACCUGUUCAGACACAGAGCUCACCCAAGAAGAUCGCGCAGAAGUGCAACUCGCAUUACAAAGAGACUAGCUGAUGAUGGACGGGUGUCAUGGGCCGAACAGCAGUACAAUAAAGAGAGAAAUAAGCGGUCAGCCUUUAAAGAAGACACCAAAAACCUGUUUAAUGAUCCCCUGUGGAAUCGACAAUGGUACUUGCAAGACACAAGAUCGAACCCCACAUUGCCUAAGUUGGAUUUACAUCUCCUUCCCGUAUGGAAAAGAGGAAUAACAGGCAAAGGUGUUGUUAUCACUGUGCUGGAUGAUGGAUUGGAAUGGAACCACACUGAUAUCUAUGCCAAUUAUGACCCAGAAGCAAGUUAUGAUUUCAAUGACAAUGACAAUGACCCCUUCCCUAGAUAUGAUAUUACAAAUGAAAACAGACAUGGGACAAGAUGUGCCGGGGAAAUUGCGAUGAUUGCCAACAACAAUAAAUGCGGCGUCGGAGUUGCAUACAAUGCAAAAGUUGGGGGUAUACGGAUGCUGGAUGGUGUUGUGACAGAUGCCAAAGAAGCAAGUUCCAUUGGCUUCAAUCCACAACAUGUGCACAUAUACAGUGCUAGCUGGGGACCUAAUGAUGAUGGAAAAACCGUAGAAGGACCUGGCAGACUGGCUCAGAAAGCUUUUGAGUAUGGCAUCAAACAGGGGCGAAAUGGAAAAGGUUCCAUAUUCGUUUGGGCAUCUGGAAAUGGAGGCCGACAGGGUGAUAACUGUGACUGUGAUGGAUACACAGACAGCAUUUACACCAUCUCUAUCAGCAGUGCUUCCCAGCAAGGUUUGUCUCCCUGGUAUGCGGAGAAAUGCUCUUCCACCCUGGCUACAGCAUACAGCAGUGGCGACUACACCGAUCAGAGAAUUAUAAGCGCUGACCUACACAAUGAGUGCACGGAGACGCACACUGGAACCUCAGCGUCAGCACCACUGGCUGCUGGGAUAUUUGCUCUUGCACUGGAAUUUAACCCUGACCUUACCUGGAGGGAUAUGCAGCACCUGGUGGUUUGGACAUCAGAGUACGACCCAUUGUCUAACAAUCCCGGUUGGAAGAAAAAUGGAGCUGGAUUAAUGGUGAACAGCAGGUUUGGAUUUGGGCUGCUCAAUGCUAAGGCACUUGUGGAUUUGGCAGAUCCCAAAACAUGGAAAGGAGUUGCUGAAAAGAAGGAGUGUAUAGUUGAAGAUAGUGAAUUUUCACCAAGGUUUCUAAGAACAGAUGGGGAAGUAACCAUACAAAUUCCGACAAAGGCCUGUGAAGGCCAAGAUAAUCAUAUCAAAUCUCUGGAGCACUUGCAGCUGGAAGCCACCAUUGAAUACACCCGUAGAGGGGACCUUCACAUAACACUCACCUCUCCAUUAGGGACUAAUACAGUUCUUCUAACUGAAAGAGAGAGAGAUACAUCUCCAUAUGGUUUCAAAAGCUGGGACUUUAUGUCUGUGCAUACGUGGGGAGAAGAUCCAGCAGGAACCUGGACACUGAAAAUUUCUGAUGUGUCUGGAAGAAAGAAAAAUGAAGGAAGAAUAGUAAGCUGGAAACUGAUUCUUCAUGGUACAUCUACCCAACCAGAGCAUAUGAAACAUCCAAGAGUCUAUACUUCCUACAACGUUGUUCAAAAUGAUCGAAGAGGUGUUGAGAAGAUGGUUGACAUUGAAAAGGAACCAAUCAAUCAAAGUGUUACAACGGACCGACCAGAAGUCACUGAAAACACUCUGGACAGCCAAGAAGUCGAUGAAAGGGCAAAGUCGCUAGCAAUAGCCCACCUUUUGAAAAAUGCCUUUGGCAGAGAAGGAGCUUCAUUUCCUCUGGAAGAAAAAGAUAUACCUAAACAUAGUUAUCUGUAUGCUUUGGCCACCAUUAACAAGCAGGCAGAAGGAAGGGACAGAGAGAACAAUUUGUACAAUGAGUACAUUGACAGGUUCUAUCAUUCCAGACCUUACAAACACAGAGAUGAUAGACUAUUGCAAGCUCUGUUAACCAUAUUAAAGAAGAAACCCUAAUAUUUUAUAGUGCCAGGAAACAUUUAUGCCUCUCAACCUCCAUCCAUUGCAUUUUGCCUUUGUGCUCCCAUGAAAUUGCAGAAAUAUAAACAGUUAAAAUUAGCAUUUUCUUGCCUAAUGUGCAUAUAUAAAACUCCCAUGUUUUUAGCAGGUCCAUUUAUGUUAGCUGACAGACCAAUUAGUCUGAGGCUGCAUUAAGACUAUGAGAGUCUUUCAAUAGAGCUGUUCUGGGGUCACAAAUUGGUAUGUGCAUCUUCGCUGGCUGAUGAACUCUAUCAUGUGACAUGGCUCAGGACAAAGGAGCUUCCAUUUGCACUAAUAGAAUGACCACAGUAGAGUGUAGUAUAAUAGGGUUAAAUUUAGUCUUCAGUCAAUGGGCAUCAGCUACAGUUUUUUACUACCCGAAUAGCUCUUUGGGGGCUCCCAUGACAGCCUUAGAUUAACCACAAUUUAUUUGAUGAAUACUGACAACAAAUCCCCAUUACGAUCGGCAGCAACAAUAGAUUCCCUUUAAAAUCUUGUAAUCCCACCCUCUAGCUGUCACAAAAACAGUGAAGGAGGGGCCAAUCCAUCCAAACUGAUUCAGUGCCCAAGGUAUAUUGUAAUACUGCCUGAAUAAAGAGCAACUAUUCAUUUUA